UUCCUGAAGCUUGUGAAACUGACCAGUGAAAUAGAGGUGACUUUGAGCAGUUCAUCAGGUGGAGAUUUAAACAUGUCAUUGUCUCCAUCUGAAUAUUACCUUCUGUACUACCAAGCAAUCAGUCCAAAACUAAUCAACGUAAGAUAGUUAAUAAUAAAUUCAAUGAGGAAUUUAGGACAAACUUCGCCACCAAGAGAACGAUGAGAAUAUCGAAUUUGCUGUUAUUGCAGCUGCUGCCUCAGUUCCCCUGGUAAAUGUUUGACAGAGAUUUCUAGUGAGGGAAUAGCAUUCUUCAUCCUCAGAGGCUUUCAAACUGACAACAUUCAAGUGGGAUGUGUAUCCUCGGAUGUGUUUGACAGAAGACCUACAGCAUCCAAGGCAGAGAUAACUUGCAGUGAUGGGAUCAGCACAUGCACAGCAAGGAGGGACACAAGAGCAGUUCCUGACCAGUGCGAUUUCUUCAAAUAAUGUGCAAAAAUAUGGGGAGAAAUUUCAGAAUCCCUAUUGAAUUAACAUUUCAUCUGAGUGUUUUUUUCAUUAAACAAACACUCCAACAUGAAACCUGGUCUUCAACAGCGCAACACAAGCUCAUAGUGAAUUGAUGUCUCACUUUACUCUCGACUCGACUGUCUUUUCCAGUGCACCUGUGGUGCCCGAGAAGAUAGAAAGAAAUUACACACAUUAUCUGCUCCUGGUCACUAUCCAGUGUCCCUGCUGGAAAUAGAGGGUGUGUGACAGUCAAGUGAGGAAGAAAAAAGGACUUGUAUUUGAUGCCUUCCCACACAAGAAACGGCAGACUGGCACUCACUGUGGCUAACAGUCUCUAACUGAGUAGUCAGACCCAUCAGCAAAGGAGAAGAGGAAUGGAGAAAUCAAGUUUUCUUUUCCUGUGUUACAGGAAGAUUGCAUCGUACUACACCACAGAAUACAGUGAGGAUGGACACUGCAGAUACAUCCUGUCAUCAUGCAAGGAACAACCGCACGAUUGUGGGAAGACAUCCAGUCCCUUCACAGUAUUGCUCAACACAGAGAAGGUUGGACAGUGAAACCAUCACCUGGAAAUCGGUUGGGUCAGGGGAACUUUGACAUAUCAUCAGAUCUGAAACUGGUCAGUGGUGUGGAGCCUUCCAUCAGAACCAACCUUUCUGAAGGUUCGGCUGUGGGUGAUUGGUCAGGGUGAGGCUAGGAAGAAGGGUAGUGACAGCUUCAGUCAUUCAUCAAGCCUCAUGAACCACUGACUCAUUCCUACUACAUGCUGGGAGCUGCUCAAGUAUGAGGAGGGCUUCAUAGGCAUAUCGAAGUUAAUGUGUUGUAAAACAGUUCAGGCAAGACCGACUACAUGGAAGUGAAAGCAUUCACAUGUGAAGUGUGCAACAAGGGCCUUGCACGAUUAUCAAGCUUAGUGAAUCACCGGCGCAUUCACACUGGGGAGAAACCGUUCACUUGUGAUGUCUGUGGCAAAUCCUUCAGACAGUUAUCGAACCUUCGCAUACACCAACGCACUUACACUGGAGAAAAACCAUUCAUGUGCAAGGUGUGCAACAAAUCUUUUACUCUACUCUCAUCACUCCGAGUGCACCAGCGCAUUCACACAGGGGAGAAACCAGUGAAGUGUGAGGUGUGUGACAAAACCUUCACACAGUUAUCGGGCCUGCUGGUCCAUCAGACAGUCCACACGGGGGAGAAACCCUUCAAAUGUGAGGUUUGUCAUAAAGCUUUCGUGACAUCUUCCACCCUCCUGAUUCACCAGAGAUUUCACACUGGGGAGAAGCCCUUCAGGUGUGAGGUUUGUGAGAUGGGUUUCACUCAAUCCUCUGAUCUCCUGAUACACAAGAGGAUUCACACUGGGGAGAAACCAUUCAAGUGUGAGCUGUGUGGCCGAGCGUUUACGCGGUCAACAAUGCUUGUGGAACACCAACGUGUUCAUACAGGGGAGAAACCGUUUACGUGUGAGGUGUGUAAUAAAUCAUUCUCACAGUCAUCAAACCUCCGUGUACACCAACGCAUUCACACAGGGGAGAAGCCGUUCACAUGUGAUGUCUGUGACCAGGGUUUCGCACAGUUCUGGCGCCUGGUAAAUCAUCGACGCAUUCACAGUGGGGAGAAACCAUUCACGUGCAGAGUGUGCUACAAGUCAUUCUCACUAUUACAGAACCUCCGUGUGCACCAACGCAUUCAUACUGGUGAGAAACCAUUCGUGUGUGAGGUAUGUGACAAAUCAUUCUCACAGUCAUCUUCCCUCCGUGCACACCAGCGCAUUCAUACGGGGGAGAAACCCUUCACGUGCAGGGUGUGUGACAAAUCAUUCUCACGCCCAUCACACUUUCGUGUACACCAAAGCAUUCACACUGUGGAAAAAGAGUUCAAAUGUGAGGUGUGCAACAAAGCCUUCACAAACUCAUCAAGCCUUCUGGUCCAUCUGAGGAUUCACACGAGAGAGAAGCCUGUGUAGUUCAUGGUUUACAACAGACAUCUUCACUCUCUUAAAUACCAAUGGAUGUGAUCAGAGGAGAAACAAAACUUGCACCGAAUCCUUUCUUCAAUCACCAGUGUUUUGAAGAAGAGUCACUAGACUUGAAUCUGUUUCUGCCUCCACAGGUGCUUCCUGACUUGUUGAGUUUUUCCAGCAUUUUGUGUUCAUUCUAGAUAUGCAGUAGAAAAACUAUUCAGAUGUCCAAUGUGUGAUAAGGUUUCUGCAUAGUCUGUUUAUCUGCUGCAUCAUCAUUGUAUUCACACAGGUGAGGAAUUCCAUAGGUGAGAGUCCUGUGAUAAUACUGUCGCACAGCUGUAGAAACAUCAAUGAACUCACAUGAGAGAUAGACCUGCCAGUGUGACGUGCAUCAGGAUCGUUUCAUUUCCUCCUCCUCUCUCACCACACAUCAACGUCUCCACACGGACAGUGGAACCGGGUCCCUUGCUUCCGUUGCACUGAGAGCUGUCUGUCUUGUUUCCCCUCCAGUGCUCACGCAGGGGGAGCUGUCAUUCCAAAGCUCUGUCUGUCUCAGCAGGGUCUGUCUCAAACCUCUUGCACUAUCAGUCGCGUUAUUUUAAGAAGGUCAAUUCAACCUUUGUCCAUAUCUCCAAACAUCACUGAAAGAAGACACCAUAUGUACAGAAGCUCCUGUAUAAACUCAGCAUCCUUUCAGUGCAGUGUCAGGUACAAGUCACUCACUGACUCUCACACUGACCAAGAAGACAAUCAGAUACUCAGUGGUCGGAAAGGCUUCAGCUUCUGAUCGGCCAGCACAAAUUCCCAGGGGAAGUGCCCAUGAUUUGGAUGUCUACAAACUUCAUCCCAACUCUGCAAUUGCUUCAUGGGGAUAUGUCUUGAAUGGGAGAUCUGACAGAAACUUUCAAAAUACGGGCAGCUGUCAAACAAGGCUGUGUGAUAGUCACCAUUCUGUUUACAAUCUACCUGGUAUAAAUAUUCACCUCAUCAAAAAUCAAUUGCCCUCUGGUAUCAAUAUUAAACGCCAUCUCAAUGGAAAACUUAUUUACCUCAGACCCCUUCAUGCCAACACUAAACUGACCACUGUAGAUUUACCAUAGUCUUCACACAGUGGUGAUCUGUAAACUGGUUGUCCAUCAGCACUCCCUCUAAUCUUCAUACUGGCUGUGCAGGCUCUUGUGGUCCAUGUGCAGCAAUAUCUUCUGGAGUUAGAAAUCAGUGCAGUGAUUGGCAUUACUGAUCCUGAUUGCUGUGCACAGGAUGUCAGAAAGGGAACAGGGUUCACUCUGCAACAGAUUUGUUUUCUACUCUCAAUCUCUUUGAUUCUCCAUACUAGAAACUCAGCCUGUCCUGGAAUGUUGCCAAAACAAAACUUCUAUCAGCUCUCAACUGGUCAGUGAAAUAUUUCACUUCCCAUUUUUGCUGAAGGAGAGACUCUGGAAUCUGUUGACUGCCUGCCAUAUCUCAACAGACACCUCAAUCAGCUGUGUCAGUUCAGACUCCUACAAAAAGCAGCUCGAAGGGUUUGACUGCAGAAGAUCAAUAGGGAACUCACCAUCAUCUUCAAGGGAACAAACAGAAAGGAGCAGAAAAUACUGCUGUGCCAUCAGUGCUCACAUUUAAAAAAAAAACUUAAAACCUCUGCAAGUAAACAAAAUCCCAACAAGCUGCUGUCACCGUGAAAUUGGGACUGUGUAUCUGUGCCCCAUAAGAGCACAAGUAAAGGAAAGGAGACAUACAGAGAUCUUGGUGGGAGGUGGAGUUACAUAUGACAGAGACAAUUUGUAUUGGAGCAUGAGAAUUUCAAAUUGGAAGGACUGGGCACCAGUGUAGGUCAGUGAGCACAAGGAUGAUAGAUGUGUGAUUUAGCUUAGUGUGCACAGAGUUUAGCUGAGCUGAGGUUUAGGAAGUUGAAAACUAAUAUGGACGUGGAGAGUGUUGGUAAAGGUGGAUGUUAUAGAGGGGAAAGUAGGUGAUCUUUGUGAUGUAGAGGAUAUGUGGUCAGGAACUCAGUUGUAGGGUAAAGAGGACACGGACCAAUUGUUGGUGGAGAUGAGAGGGGAGAGGGCAAUCAAGAGGAAUGAAUGGAAUGUAGAAGUGAAAGUAAAUUGUUGAGACCUCUACUCCAUUCAAGUAGAUCGUGGCUAAUCCAUAUCUUAACUCUGUACACUUGUCUUUUCCUGUAACUCUUGAUUUCCUUUCUUAACAUUAGACCUAUCAAUCUCAGUUUUGAAAUUUUCAACUAACCUUCAGCUUCAACAGAUUUUUGUGAGGACAGAGUUCCAGAUUUCCAGUCCGUUUUUUGUGAAGAAGUGUUUGCUGACAUCCCCCGAACAGCCUUGCUGUAAUUUUAAUGCUCUGCCCCUUAUUCUAGACUCUCCCACCAGAGGAAUUGUUACUCUCCAAUGACUUGAUCAACUUGUUUAUGAAUCUUAAACAAUUCAAUUAUAUUACCUUUAACUUUCAACGUUCAAGGCAAUAAAAGCUGUCUGUGCAACCUGUUCUUAUAAUUUAACCCUUUUAGUCACAGGAACAUUCUGGUGAAUCUAUGCUGCGCUCCCUCCGAUAUAUCUUUCCUGAGGUACAGUACCCACAGCUCUCUAAUUUGGGCCUAACAGAGCUCUGUACUGGAAUGUUACUUCCACAAGGGCACAGUUGAUUUUGGAGAGGAGAGGUUGUGGAUUAUGUUUUUUCUUCAGGAUGGACCUAGAAUAAUGAGCAGUUUUGAUAAGAAGAAGCAGGACCACUGGUUGCUUGAUGUGGAUCAGUCAGACUGGGUGAUGGAUGGAUAAACCAGUUGUGUAUCAGAUGCACCAAAGUCUCUCUUCUUGGUCUUGAGGAACAGGGCAAAUGACCAGGAAGGAAAAGAGUAAAGGUAAUUUGGAGCAUUGAAGGUGGAUCUGAAUGAGUGGUCGAACAAUAUUGACGCCUGCAGUGGUGAAUGGAAGGCCAAAGGGCAGAGAGUUGGGAAUUAGAAAAUGCUGUCCAACUCACUUGGGGGGAAAGGACCUUCCAGCAAUGGAAACUGAUUGGUCCAUGGACCCAACGUGCUCACUGGAUCUCUGUAACCAUUGGUGGGUUUGUAUGAUGGAAUCAAGCUCAAUCCUAUGACACUAAUGUUGUGUCAUUUCUGACCAUUAGAAUUGGAAGCCAGUCAAAAGCACAAGGAUUUUAAAGACUCUUCUGUCUGUAGUAUUCUGAGAGAAUUUCUGCUGAUGCGUGUUUAGGUGUGUGUAUUAGUAAAGAGAGGCCGCUCUUAGGAUUGGGUAUGGGGUAGAAUCAGACCCUGCUUUAGUUGGGGAUGUCAAUUAUGAACAGAUCCUCUUCAGGUGAUGGUUGUUUUGACAGAUAUCAUAGGGAAUGUUUGUACUAUCCUGUCUGGGAGAACCAUGAUCCUGAGUUUUGUGAGGAAGUGGGCGUGAGUCUCCACAGACCUGACUUCUGUCAGCCCAUUCUACCUCAAUGCAAUAAUGGUGUGAUAUGUUCAACUUACACUCUUCCAAGGUUAAUUUAAAAAUCUGGGAAAAAUCUUGACUCAUUUUCAAUGCUUUGUUGUUUUAGUUGACACAAAGUUUUGCAUAUUAUGUUGUUGUUUCUCUGUUGUUUUAUCAGCUUCAAUAGUAAUAGUGAUAGUUCUGUGGCUCCACCUGAAUUAUCUGAAAUAUCAGCACAGUGUGUUCCCAUUAACUGAAACAUUCGGGAUCCAACAGUAAGAGUUCUGUACACAGUAUGUUGGUCAAUAUCAUUGUGGGCUGAGAUACUUUCUCCACCAUAAUUUCCAGUUUUGAGGAUGCAAUAUAUUGCCCCAAGAAAGAUUUUCGUGAAAUUGAAAUGUCCAGAUGUGUUUUAGUCAAUUAAAUACUUUUUGAGAUGUCAUUAUUGUUGUAGUGAGGGAGAUUUGACUGCCUAUUUGUGCAGCACAAGCCCUCUCAAACGGAAAUGUGAUAAUUACCAAAUUGUCUUCCAUUGUUAUCAGGAUUCAUUUAGUCAGGGCAUCAGGGAUAAAUUCUCCUGCUGUCCUAUGAUGUGUGUCACAGAAUAGUUUACAUUCACCUGACAGAGCAGAUGAAGCCUUGGCUAAACUGAUCGGAAAGAUGGUACUUCCGACAGUGCGGCAUUCCCUCAGCACUGCACUGGACUGUCAGCCUCAGUGCUCGUGCCUCUGGAGUUAGAUUUGAAUCCACAACCUGCUGAAUUGGAGUGUCUUCGAAGGCUGACAAGAAAAUGUCUUAAGUGGUUAAGUACUGAGGGAGUACAGCAUGUUUUCCCUGUGUAAACAGGCAGCCUGAAAGUUUGAUUUGAUCUAAAGUGACAACUAGUUGGAGCUGCAGGUGUCAGCAUUGGCUUUGUAUCUAAGUUCCUGAAGCUGUGAAAGAUGAUGAAGUCCCUGGGGUCAGGAGAAGUGAAACUGAUGGAGAAAAGUGGGUAGACUCCAGGAGAGAGUAACAGCCAACUGUUACAGCUCACUGGGGCAAAGUGCUUGAAGGCAAAACCUGCUAUUUCUAGAGUCAUCACAAAAGUUAAAGAUUUUUAAAAGUAUGCAGAAUUCCACAAUUUUCCCAUCUUUUAGACUGAGACUGAUUGAAAGCACUGACCAGGUUUAUUCAUUAUAAAUAAAUAGAAUUCUAACUACAUGUAAACAAUAGUGAACUGCUGACAUAUAACUCUAACCCAGUUAUAAAACUCUGCUUCUAAACAGACAUACCCACAAAAAAGUGGGUGUUAUGGGUAGAGGCAAAGACGGAAACAACAGUUUAUUGACUAUGAUCCGUGAGGUUUGUUGAAAUGAUCCUUUACCUGAUGAAAAUACUUGUGUUUGAUCUUACUUUUCCAGGUAUUUCUAUUUAUUUACACGAGGCACCAGGCAAAUGGUUCACAUUUAUAAAGGUAAAGGUCAGAGACAAGUCACAGUUUACAGCAAUUCCUGAAGGGAAAUAAAUUGACUAUCUUCAGGCUUGAGGUGUUUAUCUUUAAUGCAGAAUAGAAACAGCUCCUUUCCUUAGAGAUUUGAUGGCUUCAGACUCAAGCAUUUACAGCCCGAGCUAUCUGCCAGCAAAUCUGCCACUUGUUGCUGGUCAAAUCUCCAUUCGUACCAAACAUCCCAGCUGUAGCUUGCCUGUAACUAGGCUUUCCCCGCUGCUUGAAUCAAUGGUUGUGCCCAUAGCAUUUAUCAUCAGGUAACGUGCUUUUAAAAAUUGCAGCAACCCUUCAACAAUCCUUAAAUAAAAGCAAUUCCAAGGUAAUCAUAUUGCACUUGAAAUGCUGACUCUUUGGCAGAUGCUGCCAAACUUGUCAAGUUUCUCCAUCUCUUUCUGUUUUUAUCACAGAGCUCUUGGCUUGGGUCUUUACAUUACAGACUAGAAGCUACAAAAAUGUAAACAUCCUAAAUCCACUGGGCGCAAGUACAACCACACUUCAGAACAAUCAUCCACCGUCUGAAAAUCCCUCAUAUUCUUGAGACUGGACUGCAGUGCAUCGUUCUAUCACUGGAUAUGCUGUGUCUGGAGAACUUUCUUGCCCCACUUGUCCAGAACCUCCACAGGUCUUGCUCCUAAAUAUCUAUCCAAUUAUAUUAAGGUCAGCGAUAUAGGAGAGUCUGAAUGACUGAGGCAGGAGAGUCUUGUUUCUGAUCUUGAAUCCAACAUUUCAGGAAUGGUACAGAUUGAGCUUGACUCUGCAUCUAACCCGCACUGUAAUGUCAACUUGGAGAAGUUAUUUCAGUGGCAUUUUAAAAGUGCAGACAUUAUUCCUUCAAGUUCCUUUGGGUGAAUUUUUUUACAUGUGAUGAGGGCUUCUGCCUCAGUGUUCCUUUUAGACAGCGAGUUCAAGACCCUCACCACCCUUAGAGUGAAAAAUUAUUUCUCAGCACCCUCUAAUCUUUCCAUCAGUUACUGUAAAUAUUUGCUGUUUGUAUAUUGAUCUCUCUGCUCAGGGAACUAGGAUUGAAACAAUCCCAUCAGCUGUGUCUGCCACUCCUCCCUUGCACUGUCUGGACAAACGUCCAACAAUGCUCCAGCUUCCCGAGCUGUGAACUCACAUCUUUCUCUGGUUUCUCACCCCCAUGCCCUCUCUGAGUUCAUUCUGACUAUAAGAUCCAUCUCUACUCCCUUGACCCAACUCUCACUCAACUUCUAAACAGCCAAAUUACCCUCCUGGUCCCGAGUAACCCACUAAGCUGCACAUAUGCACAACAGCACUGAUGUUGUGUGCACUGCAUUUGGCAUCAGCAUACUAACUGUGGCACUGACCUCUGGUGCUGGAAGUUGCUGCCAGGCCCAGAGAUCAGAGACUUUCCUUGGAGCAUUCGAGGCUGUGGGAUGACCUUAUAGAGGUUUAUAAAAUUAUUAGGGGCAUGAUAAGGUGCAGAGGGUGAAUGGCCAAGGUCUUUUUCCCAGGGCAGGGGAGUCCAAAAUUAGCGGGCAUAGGUUUAAGGUGAGAAGGGCAAGAUAUUAAAGGGAUCUAAGUGGCAAUUUUUUCACACAAAAGAUGCUGCAUGUAUCAAAUGCGCUACCAGAUGAAUUAGUGAAGGCUGGUACAAUUACAAUGUUUAAAAGCCAUCUGGAGAGGUACUUGAAAAGGAAGGAUUUAGAGGGCUAUGGGACAAAUGCUGGCAAAUGGGACUAGAUUAAUUUAGUUGCCAUGGUUGGCAUGGACAAGUUGGAUUGAGAGGUCUGUUUCCUUGCUGCACAACUCUAUGACCUGUGCAGAACGUGAAUAAAUUAGAGGGAAUGCUGGUCCCAAUGUUUGCUGAGAUUGUACAUAGUUCUUUCUCUUCAGAUAUGAUAUUUUUCUCCAUCAGAAAUUCUGCCGUCAACCCACUUCUCAACAAAAAAAUCAUGCCUCUUUGGUCCUUGCAAUCUCCUGUCAAGACUCCAACCUCUCUUUUCUCUCAAAGUGCUUCAAUAUAUUGUCUCCUCCCAAAUUAUGGAACUGGUGAUCUGACACUGAUGAAUGACAGUUCACUACCACCGAAAUCCUUGAGUCAAUCUCCAAGGCAUGUGUGACCUAAGCACGGAAUCACUUCCUCUCUCCUGCACAUGUGCUGAUCCCAUCAAUGCACAUUAUCACUGCCAUGGAUGCUGUGAUGCUCUUCUGAUCUGCUGUCAAACACACCCGAGGAUAAACAUCCCACACUGAUGUUGUCAGUUUGAAAGCUUCUGAGGGUGAAGAAUACUAUUCCCACACUAGAAAGCUCUGUCAAACAGAGGAACAGGGGAACUGAGACAGCAGCUGCAAUAAGUGAGGUUUUAUUCUGAUGGGACAAUGACAAGAUCUACUGCUCGAAGUCACCUCCACUUCACCGGUCGGUUUCCCAAGCUUCAGGAAACUCGUGUUGCUGCAGAAAUAUUUGGAUUGGCUGUGAGAGACGUCAAUCAGAGAGCACACCCACUCUGCCCAUUCUAUCUUCUUUCUCUUCCAGAGCUGGUUCACUUCCUAUAGGGACUGAAAACCAAGUGAGGAGAUGGUGAGCAGCUUUUAUACAAAUUGUAUCCCAUAAUAUCCACAUCAAUCUUCAGGCAGCCUGACUAUCCUGUAGGUAAUCAGGGGUGGAAAUGUCCCUUAUGCUGUGUGAGAAGAUCCAGCUGAGAGAGCUGUUUACUCAGUGCUUUGUACUGAACUGUUUGACUGGGGCUGUGUGUUGGAUAUUGACUGUUGGAAGCAUUUCCCUUCUGAUUUCCAGGCUGAGUUUUGGUGAUGGCUGAUGAACAUGAGAAGGUGAGGUAUAAUUAUCUGGGAGGUGCAGAGAGUGUGUGAGCAUUCUUACUGAUUUCCUGUUGUUGACCGCAUUUUGGGAGCUGGUUAUUAUCCUCAUAAAACAAAAGUCCAGAGUCUUAUUAUAGGUGUUAGAUGAUUUGGACAGAAAUGGUGUGCAGGGAUAUAGGGAAAAGGCAUGAGAUGGAUACCAAGUAUUGAUGCUGUUUUGAAGAACUGCUGGGCUGAAUAGCCUACUUCUGUGCUGAAACAAUUUUGUGAUUCUGCAGUUUGAUGUGUCCUCUAAAACAUGGCUCCUAUGACAAUGCAGCAACCUUAACUCCCAGAUUGGAGUAUCAGCCUCACUGCCCAGGUCCUGGAGUGAGACUUGUAUCCACAACCUUCUGACUCACCAACGCAUCCACACAGGAAAGAAGCCAUUGAAGUGCAAAGUUUGUAACAAGGGCUUUGCACGGUCGUCAGGCCUGAUGUCUCACUAGCGCACUUAUACAGCAGAGAAACCACUCACGUGAGGUGUGCAACAAAUCAUUCUCAGAGUUGUCAAAUCUCCGUGUACACCAACGCAUUCACACAGGGGAAGAAAGCUCUCAUAUGUGAGGUGUGUGACAAAUCAUUCUCGGACUCAUCGAACCUUCGCGUACACCAACAUGUUCACACAGGAGAGAAACUGUUCAUGUGUGCAGUAUGCAACAAAUCAUUCUCACUGUCAUCGACCCUCCAUAAACACCAACAUAUUCGCACAGGAGAGAAGCCCUGUGAGGUGUGCAACAAAUCAUUCUCACAGUUAUCCCACCUUCAUGCACACCAACGUAUGCACAAAGGGUAGAAACUAUUCGUGUGUGAGGUUUGUGACAAAGCUUUUGUGAUGUCCUCGACCCUCCUGAGACACCAGAGGAUUCACACGGGGGGAGAAACCGUUCAAGUGUGAGGAGUGUAACCGAGCCUUCACCCAGUUAUUGACACUUGUCAAACAUCAACGCACCCACACCGGGGAAAAGCCUUUGAGUGUGAUGUCUGUGACAAAUCCUUCUCGCAGUUGUGGAACUUCCUGCUUCAUCGGAGAUCUCACACUGGGGAGUAAAACCUUUGUGCAUUUAGCUUUUGAAAAGACUUUCACCGACUCCUGUCUCCCAAAUCACCAGGUGAGAAAGCCUUCAAGCAUGAGAUGUGUGACAGCGUGCCUCCUAAUCCAUCAGUGCACUCGUACGGUGGAAGAAACCCUAUUUGUGUGAGUUCUGCAAUAAAGCCUAUUCACAAUUUUGCACCUUCUCAAAUAUCAGCAAAUUCACAUGGUAUCUUCCAGUCUGGUGUGUGUCAGGAUUGUUUUACCUGUUUCUCCUCUUUCACCAUAUACUAAUGUCUCCACACAGACUUGGAGCUGGGUCACUUGCUUCCAUUGAGUUUCAUUGAAUAAACAUUUCUUCUAACGGUAAAGCUGA